AUGGACUGCCCCGUCACCACAGAAGGGGACUAUAUCAGCUCCCAUGUGACAGGAUUCCCGACCGACGACGACGAGAGCCAGCGAGUCGGAGCGCUCGCCUCUAUGCCUGUCACCAACGGCGUGCGGUACCAUGCACAACAGCCUGCGAUGCAGGACUUACAUUACCCCGGAUCAAAUUCCCUCGCCAUGACUCCCCCAGAUUCCUGCUCCGAUUCCUUUUCCCCAACUUCUGGCCCUAUCUUCCCGCACUUGAAUCAGCAUCAGCAUCCAUUCGAUAGGAUGGCAGAGUUUCGAAGGGUCCCGGCUCUUCAACCUCCUACUGGCAUGUCCACCGGCAUGCAGACACCUUCUCACGCUAUGAGCUCUAUUCCGGCUUUGAUGGGGCGCAGCAACGCAUACUCAUCGACGUACGCUCUGUAUCGGGGCAUGGGAAUGCCACUGACAGGUGUGAACGAUGUCUCCCGCGGUCAUCAAUACUCGGGAACCCCUCGAGUCGUGGAAGGUAUGUUGGAUCGAAACCAGACCCCCGUCUUCCAGCAGCCGAUGGUAGAAUCUCCCCAGCGUUCCCAGACUCAAGUGGAAGCGCCGCCUUUUGAAGAGACGAGCAUUCUCGAAUCGAUCGUGGCGGAGGUUGGAGGCACUCAGCAAACUGUGAAGCCGGAAGUUCAAGCUAAGAUUGGACGAGGCUUCUUUUCAUCUGAUGGAAAAUGGACCUGCUACCGACGAAACUAUUUUGCCGUGACCUGCAGCUUCAGUCUUCAUCCGUGGCCCUCCACCGUCCCACUUUACAUUCGACAUCCCGAUCAGACCCUCGAGCCCAUUCGAGGGUUUGCCAUGUCCAUUUCCGCCAUUGUGAACGGACAGUAUGGGGAUACUCGAGAGCUUGUGCAGCACACACCCAAACGGGACAAGCAGUCAGAGCGGAAGCCAAGCCGAAUCCCGCUCCAGCCCUCUCCACCUCCAUCCCUUGGAGGAUCACCUGGCAGUCACGGUCAUGCCGGCUUCCCACUUGGUUCGCAGCCCUUGGACUAUGGCGCGCCAUUUACGGGAGUCCCUCAGCCUUGUGCGCAGCCUGCCACCUCCCAUAUGUUCGAGCGAAUUCAGUUCCAGAAGGCGACUGCGAACAACGGCAAACGUCGCGCUCAACAGCAGUUCUACAAUCUAGUGGUUGAGCUUCAUGCCGAGGUUGCUGGAUCCAUGGGCAACGAUCCACAGUGGGUUCUGAUUGCCCGGAAACACUCUCACCAAAUGGUCGUUCGAGGACGCUCACCCGGUCAUUACAAGGAUGGGCGUCGUGACAGCACCGCGAGCAUGGGUCCCGAUGGAAGCAGCGGGGAUGGCUCUGGAGGGCUCCCCCACGGAAUUGGCCAGAAUGCGCUCUCGCAUCUGCUGAUGUACGAUUCUGGCCAUCGGGGUAGUUUACCAUACGGGCGACAGGACUACCGCCAGAUUCCCACCGCAGAGCACUCUCCUUUGAGCGACAGUCCACUCAUCUCGUCAUCGUCGUCAUCGGGCUUUGAUUAUUCCAUGAUGAACGACACCAUGGACCCGAUGGAUACAAUCAAAACAGCUUCCACUCUAGAUCAGUAUCAGGAUCCAGUAUUCACAGGGAUGCCUAACCAACAUCGCUCAAGCACGGGCGGAUAUGACCCGAUUUACUCGACCUACGGCCGUUACGACCCAAUUCAGAACCCACAUAGCCUGUGCACCUAG